CCUUGAGAGCAAAAGUUGCUCUGAAUAUGACGGCCGAGAUAAACCUAAGAGAAAUAGAAAUAUUUAUUUUUUGCAACGAUGAUUUACGUCUUACAACAUAUCUUGUUGCCAUGUUACGAAAAAAAGGUGCCCAAAAUAUUCGAUUAUGCUACCCUUCACACCAAACACAACUCUUUUUCAAGUAUAUGAAUAUUGAUGCGAUCGGAAUUCCAGGUUUUUGGGAAUCGCAAGCCCAAUUUGAAUGGAGUGUCAAAUCUGCAGUAGUUGUUAUAAGUAUGUUGUAUAAUGAUUUCGAAAAGCAGGAGAUGCUUCUUAAUGCGUGCAUUAAUCAAAAUGUCUCUUUGUACAUAACAUGGGAUUCUGGAAUGGAACUUGAACUUUAUGUUUCGGAUAAACGAUGUCCGCGAACUCGAUUGCAUAAACGAUUAAUUGAGCACCAAGCAAAGACCGAAAAACUUCAUGGCGCAAUGCGAUGGAUCUUAUUUCAAGUGGGUAUUUUUGAUGAGGAAGUACUUAAACACGACAUUUCGACCAUCACAACGGCAUUCAACAGUCCAAAUCAAUAUAUUUUUCUCAACGUGACUGUCAAAGAAGAUCUGGCUCAGUUGGUGGCCGAAGCUAUCGCGUCUGACAAAGUCCUACCUAAUAGAAACUAUGUAGUUGGUGAUUUUGUUGCCCACACUUUUCUUGGUCAUGUUUAUCAAGUUGCUAAUAAUGGAAUGCAAUUAGAUAGUAGCAUGCCCGCUGAUAUUUCAGAGUUUGAAACAACAAACCAAUUACGUUUAUCCGGAAUAACUAGGGAUCGAAAUCUCGUUUCAGCACGAUGCAACAAUAUACCGACUACUGAAACAUCAUAA